AUGACUACUGGCAGCCCUUCCCAUCUCUCGGCCCAGGCGGUGCAACAGCAACCCCGUACUACUACAGCUAGUCCCUACGAAACCGACGGGGGCUAUACCACGAAACGAGGCCAUGUACCGCAAUUGUCGAUAAGUGAUGAUAGUCACCAUGUCACGGAGACCAUUGGCCAUCUGUACGGCGACAGUUACGAUGCUCGAGAUCAACGAAGAUUAAGCUUCCUCCCGACGCCGCAGGGCGAAACCCUUUCGGUGUCGGCCCUCGCCCCGACCAAUGGCAAUUUAGACGCUGGGAGGAGAACAGGCGGAGGAGACAACAAGCUCAAAGUGGAAGCCUCCUCGCGGCCUACAGUGAAGAAACAGCCAUCAUAUGAAACAGAAUCCGUGCAUUUGUCCCCCUCAGACGCCGCCAAUUCUUCCUUUCCGCUGAACGAUAUCGAUUAUGAAUCUAACCCCGAUGCCAUUAAACAAGAAUACCACACGCUCGCUGCUAUUCGCAGGAUGUCGAUGGACGUCACUGGGGACCCGGAUUUGCCGUCAUUCUCGAAUGUGCAGGUGCCCGCGAUUGCGCCGUCAGCAGAUGCAGAUGAGAAUGAUGCCUCUCGCUUGUUCUGGGUGCCUGCUCGUCUCCAUCCGGAGCUAGCCCCCAAGGAAUUCAAAUCCUUUCUCGAAAGCAGGAAGGAGCAGAUACAAAGAAGAUCGGGCGAUUUCUCUUCGAGCUUAAGCAUUGAACCACAGGAUUCUGGCGGGAGCUUACGUCGAAAACGGUCCAAGUUAUCAAGACAAAUAGACAGCUCAAACGAAUACAUUGGCGGCGCGGAGCGGCUGGAGCAGAAACGAGCAGAAUCUCAUGAUGGAAAGGCCGAUGCAUCCAGCCCGAAUCUACAAGAAUUAGAAGAAAUCGUUGACGACAAAAAGAAAAAGAAACAAAUAAAUAAGGACACAUUUUCGAUGCUCGCAAGUAUUGAACAGCUCGACCUAUCAGCAUAUGAGGAUAGACCAAUCCUCCCCGCGGCACCUCCGGGCCAUAGUCUCAAACGCUCGACGAGAACCCAGUACCGGAAAGGAAGCUUGAAAAAAGGCGAACGUCUACCUUACUCAAAGAGACUUGGGAGAACCCCGGAGACACUCGGAGGAAAUCCUUUUGCUAGUGCACUCGAAAAUCCCCCGGCCAUCAAACCUCUUACACGAUCAUCAACUGAUCCUGGGCGCAGCGUCUCGGAGAGAAAUUUCACACUCCAAGAGACAGUCAAACAAGCCGUGCCAGAGUCCAGUGCAGCGGGGUCUUCUCAAUCGUGGCAAUCGCAAAAUAGCUCGAAUGGCCGAUCAACUAUACACAGCCCGCCUUCUACCCAACCAGUACCGCAAAUAAUCGAAACACCGCCUUCAUCAGACCCCCACCGACAGCAAGUGUUGACUAGCUUACAGUCUGGCCUGAUCCCCGAGCGGACAUCCUCCCAUGAAUCCUCUCCACUUCCGACCUCAGCAUACAACAAGCGAUCAGCACCGGCUUUGCAAAAACAAAAUGCUUCGCCGCAGACUUUGACUGAUAUUGCAUCGCAUCCAUCAUCAUUGCCAGGAACGAGCUCACGCACAGAUAGUCUGUCAGUCAUUCCAACAAUCCCAGAAGAGAAACGAUCCGAUAGCAAGAAAAGCAAGGAUAAAAAGGACAGCGAAGGAAGCCGGAAAUCAAGUUGGCCUUGGUCGCGCGGGUCAGACGACAAAGAGAAAAAGAAGGAUUCCGAAGGCAAGAAAAGCAAAGCGAAACAUAACCACAACAACAACAGCAACAACAACAGCAAUACCCCCGAAAGAGUCUACGAAAGGCAGGACAACACCCGACUCGACGUUCUGCAGAACUCCGUGGAUAACGUGCCUCGUAAACGUGAGAGUUUGGUCCUGGAACGCCCUGUCGACCAACGAUUGGAGGAGGAACGAAGAAAGGAAAGUCAGCGGAAGUCGUCUGAUUCUAAGAAAGACAAAGAAUCAAGGCUCUUAUCUUCUAUAUUUGGUGGCAGCAAGAAGAGAAACGGAGGAGAUCACAAAAAGAGCUCAUCUCGAACGUUAUCUCCGGAACCAACUUAUGUACACUUAAUACCGGACCAUGACUACCCUUGGACGCGCUUUACAAUUUUGGAAGAGCGAGCCAUAUAUCGCAUGGCGCAUAUUAAGCUAGCCAAUCCCCGUCGACCACUUCAUUCCCAGGUCCUUCUCAGCAAUUUCAUGUACUCAUAUUUGUCCAAGGUGCAAAAAAUGCAUCCGCAGAUGUCGAUUCCAACAUCACCCUCUCAAAGAGCUCAACAGCAGCAGCAGCAGCAACUUCACCAGCAACAACAAGAAGCGGAGCAACCGGAUGAGUACACCCAGUAUCAACGCUACCAGGAGCAAUAUGCGGAGCAAACAUAUGAAGAGUACAGCUAUGAGGUAGAAGAUCACGGCGAUCAAUACGGAUCUCAUAUAGAUGACCAACAAGGUUAUGAGGAUGGCAAUGCGUACGGAACAGGCCAUCAUCAACAUUACGAUGGGUCUUAUGGAUCUCUCGGAGAUGUUGCUCAAUUAGACAGCGACGAAGAAAUGUGGUGA